AGCGGAGGCCGCGCUCGCCCGAGCGGCGACAGUUCGCGGGUCAGGUCCUGCUGACAUGUCUCCCGAGGACCCCCAGGAGACGCAGCCGCUAUUGCGGCCACCGGAAGCCAGGACUCCCCGCGGCCGCCGGGUCUUCCUCGCUUCCUUCGCCGCCGCUCUGGGACCCCUCAGCUUCGGCUUCGCGCUCGGCUACAGCUCCCCCGCCAUCCCCAGCCUGCGGCGCACCGCACCCCCGGCCCUGCGCCUCGGAGACAAUGCGGCCUCCUGGUUCGGGGUGAGCCCUCUGGGGAGUCCUGGGUCCCCCACUCUCUGCCGCACCCCAGGAUCCUCCUCAUUCUCUUUCCUCUGAGACUAGGGGGCGUGGGGUGGAAGGAUCGUGGGCCAUGGCCCCUGGUGGCCUCCUCUUCAGCCCGUCCCGGGUCCCCAGGCCGUCGUGACCCUGGGCGCUGCUGCAGGGGGCAUACUGGGCGGCUGGCUCCUGGACCGUGCAGGGCGCAAGCUGAGCCUCUUGCUCUGCACCGUGCCCUUCGUGACUGGCUUUGCUGUCAUCACCGCGGCCCGGGAUGUGUGGAUGCUGCUCGGAGGCCGCCUCCUCACCGGCCUUGCCUGCGGAGUCGCCUCACUAGUGGCACCGGCUGGGUCCUAGAGUGGCGCUGGCUGGCCGUGCUGGGCUGUGUGCCCCCCACCCUCAUGCUGCUGCUCAUGUGCUACAUGCCCGAGACCCCACGUUUUCUCCUCACUCAACACCAGUACCAGGAGGCCAUGGCUGCCUUGCGCUUCCUGUGGGGCUCUGAGGAGGGCUGGGAAGAGCCCCCUGUUGGGGCUGAGCACCAGGGCUUCCAGCUGGCCCUGCUGAGGCGCCCUGGCAUCUACAAGCCCCUCAUCAUCGGCAUUUCCCUCAUGGUCUUCCAGCAGCUGUCAGGGGUCAAUGCUAUCAUGUUCUAUGCCAACAGCAUCUUCGAGGAGGCCAAGUUCAAGGACAGCAGCCUGGCCUCGGUCACUGUGGGCAUAAUCCAGGUCCUGUUCACUGCUGUGGCGGCCCUCAUCAUGGACAGAGCAGGGCGAAGGCUGCUCCUGGCCUUGUCGGGUGUGAUCAUGGUGUUCAGUAUGAGUGCCUUUGGUACCUACUUCAAACUGACCCAGAGCCUCCCCAGCAACUCCUCCCACGUAGGCCUGGUGCCCAUCGCGGCGGAGCCUGUGGAUGUCCAAGUGGGACUGGCCUGGCUGGCUGUAGGCAGCAUGUGCCUCUUCAUUGCUGGCUUUGCGGUGGGCUGGGGACCCAUCCCCUGGCUCCUCAUGUCAGAGAUCUUCCCUCUGCAUGUCAAGGGUGUGGCUACCGGCAUCUGUGUCCUCACCAACUGGUUCAUGGCCUUUCUAGUGACCAAAGAGUUCAGCAGCGUCAUGGAGAUGCUCAGACCCUACGGUGCCUUCUGGCUCACCGCUGCCUUCUGCGCUCUCAGUGUCCUAUUCACACUGACCGUUGUCCCUGAGACUAAAGGCAGGACUCUGGAACAAGUCACAGCCCAUUUCGAGGGACGAUGACAGACCCUUUCUGUGCCUGGGAGCCCCGAGCUGAGCUGCCUUUGGGUUUCAGAAGGAGUGGAGUGGCCUGUAACUAAGCCACACCUCAGUUUGAGCCUGGAGGCCCCCUGACUCCUCACCUCAGGGCCCUCUUUGCCCAGAUCUCAACCCAGAUUCCCACCGUGAGGCCCACCAGACUCUGAGUGCGGUCUCUGCAGCCUGCUUCACACACAGGACAUCUGAGGAGCUGUGCAUCCUCACCUGACCCAGGUGUCUCCUUCUUAAGACUGAGGCAGCUGAAGGGACCUGAGGGCUCCUGGCUCCCGUUUCCUGGCUGGGGUGCCCGGUCCUAAGCAGCCGCCUGUACCUCACUUGACUGGGAGAUCAGAAAGGGACUUAGCCAUAUGGGCUCAGAAACAAGGUCAGGUGAGCCCAGGUAGAAGAGAGAAUGUUCUUGCCAACCAAGCCCUCCUCAGAGCUGCGCAGAGACUCUCCGGGGUCACCCUGGGGCCAGCCAGCUUACCCAUCACUUACAGGUUCUUUCUGGCUCUUUCCUGGGCUCCGUGUCCUGGGUCAUUAGCCACCAUAUCUUGUUGAGUUUCAGGAAAUAAAAAGCCUCUUACUGUUCAACUUCA